CCUGGCAGCUGGAGGGUGGACUGAGGGCUCGAGGCAAGGGCUCCUUUCGCUUCCCGCGGCCAUGGAGAGGCUGACGUUGCCUCCCGGCGGCGCGGCCGCGGUGGACGAGUAUCUAGAGUACCGGAGAGUUGUUGGUGAAGAUGAUGGAGGGAAACUUUUUACUCCUGAAGAAUAUGAAGACUAUAAGAAAAAAGUUCUGCCCAUGCGUCUACAGAACAGACUGUUUGUGAGCUGGCGGUCACCAACAGGAAUGGACUGUAAACUUGUUGGCCCAGAGACACUGUGUUUUUGUACGCAUAGGUAUAAACAGCAUAAAACCGACUUUGAAACGAUUCCGCAGCAGCGCCCCAUCGAUCUGCCUUGCCGAGUGCCGGGGUGCCCGUGCAAGGCUUACCACUUUGUCCCCCUGAAUGGUACCCAGCCUGUCCGCUGCAGGUGCAAACACUUCGCUGACCAGCACAGUGCUGCGCUUGGCUUUGCAUGCAAUGCCUGCUCUAGGUGUGCAGGCUUCCACAGCUGCUUCACUUGCGCCUGUGGCCAGCCGGCAUAUGCCCACGACACGGUGGUGGAAACACGGCAAGAAAGGUUGGCUCAGGGGAAACCAGUAGGACAGGAUGUUCCUUACGCAGCAAUGGGAGGUCUAACUGGUUUCAGCUCACUGGCAGAAGGCUACAUGCGCUUAGAUGACAGUGGCAUCGGUGCACCCUCAGUUGAAGUUUUGGAGUCUCCAGUUUUGGCCAUGGACCACCCAUUCCUAAGAGCCAUGCAAAUGCCUUCUACUUCUUCUCCCCAAAUGCUAGCAGAUGUAGGUCCAAGCACUCAGAUUUCUUCCUUAAGGAAACCAGAAGAGGAUGAUAUGGCUUACUUUGAAAGACGAUACCAGGAAAGGAUAAAAAUGGAAAAGGCAGCUAAGCAGAAAGGAAAAGCUCCGCUGACAGGUACAAAACCUUCUUGAGGUCCGUUGGACAAACUGGAGCCGCCAUCCGGAUGCAGCUUCUAUCUAUUUAUGUUUAUUUUCUGUCAAUCUAUGUAUGUUCUUAACAUGCAAAUUUGCCUUUUUGAAUUUUGCUUAGCUUAUUGAAACAAGGGAAAUGAAAAAAAAUUUUUUUUUGUGUCAGAAUUCAUGACUUAAGCACUUUAUAUGCUUUUUAAAGAUAGUCUUCGGUGUCGCCCAGACUGGCUUUGAAAUCACAGUACUCCUGCCUCAGCACAUGUAUGCUUUGUCUCUCUUAGCAAGUUAAUAUGCUAUUUUCAUGUGAUUCAAACCCUGGCAGUACAGUAGAUAUUUUCAAUUUAUCAUAAUUUAACUUUUGUAGUUUAUCUAAAAAAUUAAGAAUAUUAUUAAAAGCUUUAAACAAGUACAUAUGGGCCAUUUUUUUCCAUU